CGAUUGGAAUUACGUAAGCUCAUUAAUCUGUUAAUCAAACAGUGUUCUAUGUAAAUAAUAGAACCACAUGCACUCUGAGAACACUGCUGUCGAAUUAUAUCAUUUAUAUUGUACGUUCUAUGAGCGUAAAUCGGUUUCUAUGUUAUAAUAAGGAGGCGUGGUAAUUAUGUGAGGUUCGAUCGAUCGGCUAGUCAUUCCAAGAUUUCAGCAGUUUUCAUAAGUCAUCAUCAGAACAAAAUAAAAACGAAUUGGACAAUUGGCCGACACUCUUAUUAAGAUGGAUGUGAAUAUAUCUCGCGUUAUUUAUACAACUCUAUCUGGAAUCUAUCUUGUCUUUUUUGUAUCAUCACCCUGUGCUUCCGGUAGCAAUGUAUUGAUAUCUUCCAUGUACGGAGAAGGGAGUCACUUCUUCCUCGGGGCAGCUAUCGGUGAAGGUCUCGUCCAGCGAGGUCACAACGCAACACUCCUCAUCAGCAGGGCAUUCGAACACCAUACAAGGAACCCCAAGUACUCUAAUCUGUCUUUCGAAGUCUUCGAUCAUCACAAACGGUCCGUCCAAGAGAUUCGAGAUUUCUGGAAGGAGUUCGGAGCCCUUUCGUUGGGGAAAAGCAACGACGGUCUCAUCAAGUCCGUCUUCUUCUUGAUCGAGUCGAUGGCAGACGACUGUGAAGACAUCCUCCUCGACGUCGAGCUCAUGAAGCGUCUGGAAGUCGUAGACGCCGUCGUCGUUGAUAUGACUUGGUUGUGUGGUGUGAUGAUCCGGGCGGCGCUGGAACGCAACCUGAACUACAGCAAGAGGAUAGCCCUUGUGACCCUGACGCCAAUCACCCCUCAGGCCAUGGCGUUGUUCUCUUACGGUUCGCCGUACAACCCGGCAUAUCAGCCAGAACUCAACACAGGCUUCACCAACAGGAUGAGUUUCUUCCAGCGGACGGCCAACCUUCUACAAUCCGUUGUCUACGCUUUGCUUGGUGGGGGAGUGGCCAUACCAGCCUAUGUACGCGUAGGGAAAAAUACAGGGCUUGAGAAUGUCAUUAACUACAAGAUGUCUCUUUAUCAUGAACUUGCUGAUUUGCAUCUCCAGAACUUUGACUUCGUCAUGGAGUUCCCUUUCCCGAUUGUGCCAAACGUGAUUCCUGUCGGCGGUGGGCUGACAGCAUGGCCACCCGCAGAACUUGACGAGGAGCUGGAAGAUUUCAUGGAGAGCUCAGGCGACCAUGGUGUUAUUUUGUUCACUCUCGGCACGUACUUCGGAGAGAUCACGAUCGUUCAACCGGGAUUUGCCGAAGAGUUUGCCGAAGCUUUCCAAAGAUUGCCGCAGAAGGUGAUAUGGCAAAUGAAGGAUCCGAUCGGUGAACUCAAAGUUCCUUCCAAUGUGAAGGUCAUGCCAUGGGUUCCUCAGAAUGAUCUUCUUGGCCAUCCUAAGACACGAGUGUUUCUCUAUCAAGGAGGCAACAACGGCUUCCAAGAAGCCUGUUACCACGGCGUCCCCGUGGUCGUCGUCCCGCUUCAUGGGGAUCAGUUCGACGUAGCAGCCAGAGUCGAAGCGCGAGGGAUGGGCAGAAAGAUAGACAAACUGUCUGCCAGUGCGGACGUAAUCUACAACGCCUUACAUGACGUCAUCAGCAAUCCAAAGUACACAGAAGUGGCUAAAACGGUUUCUGCCAUCAUUAAAGAAAGGCCAAUGCAGGCAAGAGAACGAGCUGCAUUCUGGAUAGAGCAUGUGAUCAAAUAUGGCGGGCAGUAUCUCAAAUCAUCUGCAAUGGAACUCUCUGUAAUAGAGUAUUUUAUGCUGGAUGUGAUGGCGUUUCUUCUGCUGAUAGUGGCAGUGAUUGUGUUUGUGGUUGUAUUUGGAGUUAGAUUAUGUUGGAGGAUGGUCUGCGGGAAAAGGAAAACAAAAUUAGACUGACAUAAUAACUAUAGUAUUACCAUGCAGACACAGUGUUGUUGCGGGGGCAGCACCACUUUUUUCAACAUGUUUUAUUAAGAAUUUCAUUCAAUGAUACUCUAGCGAAUACGGUUUUGGUUAUAAUGCAUCAAAUGUAGAUGGUGCUAUAGCUUUUGUUGCACCGGAGAGCGUCAUGAUCGGCAGGAGCUCUCGGAGACUAAAAUUAAUAGCGGAGUUUCGUGGUGAUCUCGUCAAACUUAUUUGAAUUCCCCUUGCAUUGUAAAACCAAUGAGGAUGUUGAACAAUAUGUCCUCCAUUGUAGAAAAUACCAAAACGCUAAAACAAAGUUCCUACAAACAGAUCCAAAUACACCAAUAUCAUUUAUUUCAUUUAUCUCGAUGUGUAUUCCCUUUAGAGUAACCUGUAUCGUCCAUUGUUUUAUUUUUAUUU